AUGGCGGCUGAUGGGGCAGUUGCACGACAUCUUCAACACCAGCUUCCAGGUCCCCAGGUCGGCAGAGAUGUUUCGCGGCCGCCGGCAAUUCCACUGCGUUUGACAAACACGGCGCCGGGGAAACCAAUCAAGCCCGGCACGGAACUCCGUAUACUUGCCGUGGGAGAUUCAAUAACCUACGGGUUUCUGAGUGACCAAAACGGCGGCGAUGGAAAUGGAUACAGGCUGCGGGUUCGGCAGUACCUUUCGAAAGACAAGGUUGUGUAUGCAGGAACAGAGACAUCACCAACCGGUAACAUGACGGAUGGCUAUUUUGCUGCUUGGAACGGCAAGACAAUCCAGUAUAUCGCAGAUCACGUUGGUCCAUCACUCGAACAGCGCCCAAACAUCAUUCUACUCCAUGCCGGGACAAACGACAUGAACCCCAACAGCGCCAUUUCCACAGAAGGCCACGAUCCAGUAGCCGCGUCCGAGCGGCUCGGGAGCCUGAUUGACAAGAUGACUACGGCAUGUCCCGACGCAGUUGUCCUCGUCGCCAUGAUCAUCGGAACCUGUAAUGCCGAACAAUCUCCGCAGACAAAGGUGUUUCAGUCGUUGGUUCCCAAAGUGGUGGCGCCCAGGGUCCAGGCUGGCAAACAUGUCUUGGCGGUGGACUUUUCGACGUUUGGGCUCGGCAACCUGAGGGACUGCAUACACCCGACCAAUCAAGGAUAUCAGCUGGUCGGGUACUAUUGGUAUGAUUUUAUCGCACAGAUUCCGCAGGAUUGGAUCACGGCGCCGGUAGGGAAGGAUCCCAAGAGAGAGGAGAGUUCGUCUUGGCGAUUGCGAGCGAAUGCAUCUCGGCUAGGAGUUUUGGGUCUAUCAUUUGUGUUGAUGCAUGCCUAA